AUGAACGGCCCGCAGCACAUCCUGGUGACCGGCGGGUUGGGCUUCAUAGGAAGCCACACGGCGCUGUCCCUGCUGGAGGCGGGCUAUGGCGUGACCAUUCUGGACGAUCUUUCCAACUCGUAUGAGGAGUGCUUCCACCGCCUGAAGGAGCUGGCAGGCGGGCACGCCGCCAGGCUCGACUUUGUGAAGGCCGAUGUGCGCGACAAGGGCCAGGUGCUGCCGGUGUUCCGCAGCCGCCGCAUCGACGCCGUCAUCCACUUCGCCGCCAAGAAGUCUGUGGGUGAGAGCGUGGCGGACCCUCUGAAGUACUAUGAUCACAACGUGGGCGGUACAGUCGCGCUGCUGCAGGCGAUGCAGGAGGCGGGGUGCCACCAGCUGGUGUUCAGCUCGUCUGCCUGCGUGUACGGGGAGCCGGAGAAGGUGCCCAUUGAUGAGUCGGCCCCUCUGCACGCCCUGAACCCUUACGGCCGCACCAAGGCAAGCGUGAUGAUGGAGGAAGUGAUGGGCGAUGUGGCGGCCGCCGACCCGCGCUGGUGCAUCCUGCUGCUGCGCUACUUCAACCCUGUGGGGGCGCACCCCUCCGCAGGGCGCAUCGGCGAGCACCCCCAGAUGCCCACCAACCUGAUGCCAUGCAUCACCGAGGCGGUGUAUGGUACCGACUACCCCACCCGUGAUGGUACCGCGCUGCGGGACUACAUCCACGUGAUGGACCUGGCGGAGGGCCACGUGGCGGCGCUGCGCCGGCUGUUUGCGGCCCCAGACCUGGCCUGCAAGCCCAUCAAUCUGGGCACCGGCACCGGGCAGACGGUGAUGGAGAUGAUCAAGGCGUUCGAGGAGGCCAGCGGGCGCAGCGUGCCGCGCGAGCUGGCGGGGCGCCGCGCCGGCGAUGCCGCCGCCGUCUACGCCUCGCCCCAGCUGGCGGAGGCGGAGCUGGGCUGGCGCGCCCGCCGCUCCCUGCACGACAUGUGCGCCGACCACUGGCGCUGGACGGUGGCCAACCCGCAGGGGUUCCUUACCAAGGCCCCGCCCGCGGUGGCGGCGGAGCCUGCAGGGACGAUGGCCGCGGAGCCGGCUGGCCCGCUGGCCGCGGAGAUGUGA